AUGGCUGAAGCAUCGGAGAGCCGCACGUCUGAGGACAAAGCAAGUUGUACUCGAGUCUCUGCCAAGAAUAACACAAGAAGGAGAUUUGUCGGAACUAAGUCUAAUGCUGGACAGACGACUGACAAACUCGCAGGUACAUUGUAACUGAUAUUGGCUCGUAAUUCACUGUGCACGUGCAUACGUUCACGUUCGAAUAGCUAGAGAAGGAACAGAUUUGAAUCGUUCCCACACUAAAACUGAUUUUUAGCGCAAUUUCAUCUUUUAUUUUCCUUUUUCGGUCGCAUUUCUUCCCUGAAGCUGCACACAAAAAAAAUUUUAUAGUCAUGUUGUACUCUAUAAAUGGAUCCUAAGCCCAAUAAAUUAAUUCGUUUUUGUUUUGUUUUGAUUUGCCUUAUUCGUAACCUUUCACAGUUACACAUAACUCAAUAUACUAGUCGAAAUCCUCAACCGUAGACCCGGUAUAGAUGCCUAAGUUUCUGAGCCUGGGGGAAAAUAAGGUAAUUAAGAUUUUCGCUCAGACCAAUUUCUUCAUUAUUUAUUUGUUAUGGUUCAAAUCUUUUGCUUUCAUUUUUUUUUAACCAGUUUAAAAUAAUUGUCAAACUAGCCUAAAAUUUUCAAACUGGCUUAAAAUUUUGAACUGUGUUUUCAAGUUACAAGAUAUCUUUUACAAAAUUUACAUGUAGUCAAGCAUUCAUUUAGCCCUCUGUUAUUGAAAUGCCCUCCAUUUCCUGUUAUUUUAGAAAUAGGAGCAAAUAAGAGAAGAGUUGUUCGUCAGAUUCCAGAUGAGAUUGUAAACAAUCUUGAGCUGCAAGAUGCUGUGAGACAGGUAAAUAACGAGAAACUUCACAUGACCCUGGGUUCACUUGACCUUUAAACCCCGUAAGUGACCAGGAAAGAAUUUCUCCUUACAAUAUCAGUACAAUAUCAAGCAGACAAGUGAUGAGAAUAAAGAAAAAUAUCAAAACUGAGAUUAUUAGCUGAUCCAAUACCCAACUUCUCAGAACUAACAUCAAAAUAAUUGUUGUGCAGACAGCAAGGACUGAAUUACUAAUGAGAUCUUGGAAGUAAAAGGGUUGAAAAAGUAAAUUAAUUUAUUUAAAGCUCCUUUCGACUGAUUUAGUUAAAUAAAAUCCAACUAGAAUCAUCAUGGGGAAUUUUCAGCCACCAGACUGAGGGUAAAAAACGGAAUAAAAAUGUGACUUCCUCAAGUAUAAAUGUAUUGUAAGUUGCUCUCCAGAAACCUAUAUCCUUUUUGAUAUCACUGAGGCCUGUGGGAUUGUUAUUUUAGAAUCAGGUCUUAUUUUUCAAGUUUAUUCUAAUUUUGCAGUCUGUGUACUGAAUUAAACAUUGUUGUCCAUCCACUUUUAUUUCUGGUACUGUUUUUGUGCGUAUUUGAAAUGUGACGCAUUUAUAAGAGUGUGUUCUGGGUAACUAAUUUUUCUGGAAUGGUCAUCCCCAAAAACAGGUCAUAAUAGUUUAACCAACCAGCUACAAUUCAUUUUCUAUAUAUCAGAUUUUCACUUAAUAUAGAGAUCAGGGUAAUUAUUACUUUUCUGACUGAGGUAAUUAUUCCUUUUACAACAGUUACCUCCUAACUACAAUUUUGAAAUCUUCAAGACAGUGUGGAGGAUUAAAGAAAUAAAUGCUAAAAGAGGUAAAUAAGCCACUUUAGUGGUUAAUUUUUGUUUGUUGCUGUGUUCUUAUGCAACACACUUGACUCCACCUCAUAAUGCCUCUCUCCACCUGAGUGCAAAGGAAAAAAGAUGAAUUCUUUACCUGAACUAAGUGGCCCUGAUCCUGUGGGAGCUUAUCUGGGUUUUCAUAGCAUGAAGCAACAAGGAGUAUUAUCAGUACAACUCCCCCCCUGAAUGGAAUGCUGGUCCAUCACUAGGUUACUCCCCAGCAUUUUAUCAGACUUCCCUGACAAUUGGCCAGUAUCCAUUCAUACUCCUGGGUGGAUAGAGGCACUGUGAAAAUAAAGUGUUUUGUGUUUUGACCAAGCCAGACCAGUACUUGGUCUCAAACCCAGACCUCUCCAGCCAGAGUCCAGUGCACUAACCAUUAUGCUGCAGCAUAAUGGCAUCUUCCAUGAGUACAAAAGAAAGGGUGAGAUGGAAAUGCAGUACUCCUUAUCAAUACAUACUAUAGAAAUCAUGAUAAGCUUUAGUCCUUCUGUCAUUUGAUCUUGUAUGCAGACCUUGGCCUUCAAAUGUUGCCAUGAAAAAAAUGGAAAAAUAUGGUGUCAUCUUCAACCACAAUAGGCAUAAAUCAAUGUCAGUUUCAUGUUCUGUUUUUUUUUUUUUUUCAAUCAUCAGUGGCAUUACAGUUCCCUGAAGGACUUCUCUUGUAUGCUUGCACUAUAGCAGACAUUUUGGAAAGGUAUUUCAAACCAAUUCCUACCAAACUUUUAAAAUUGUAUUUUGUUAUUUGUACACAUAAAUUGUUUGAUACAUUUCAUAUGUUGGAAGGAUUGUAAAAAGUAGCAGUUGAUAAUUAUUUCACUUUGAAUGGACUGCAAGCCAGCUGUUUACCCACUGACAGCUUGCCUAAGUAUAACAGGCAUUUGUCAAUUAACAAAAUGAUUCCAUAUUGCUGUGUAUCUGUUCAGUAAUAGUGUGUCACUGAUGGUCUUACACAGACCUAUAGCAAUGCAGUGUAAUCUAUUAAUUUGUUUUAUGUGAUAACAAAGCAAAAUGUUAUCAAUGGUGACGUCAAGUAAAUUGUAUGCAUCUCUCCUACAAAUUAGCUCAUAUUAAGUAAAAACCAUUCAAAAUUCAUAAAUCAUGUAAUUUCAAAUAUUUUCAGCUUAACACUUGAAACUUCAGCUUUGAAACUCUUCAUGGUGGCCAAUUUAUGCUAUUAACUCAGUUGAUAAUACUAAAUUAUCCUGUUAUUUACUCUCCCACCAAUGCAGCACCACAGUUUCUUUAGAAACUUACCCCCUUUAUUCAUUUAUGAUAUAAUAAUUAUAUGACUUAUGGAGGAUUCUGAAGGAUUACAACUGUAAGAUAAUCUGCACAUGCAUACUUUUUCGCCCAUGACUUCAAAAAAAUUCAUACAGAAAGUGGCUCAGGUUUUCAGCUCUGGAUGACUGCCAUUGUACUCAGUGGGACUUUUGUGUUAGAUUCACAGGUUGUGAUACAGUCAUCAUGGGGGAUGUCACAUAUGGUGCUUGCUGUGUUGAUGACUUCACUGCAAGGGCUCUUGGUUGUGAUCUUAUGGUUCACUAUGGCCACAGCUGCUUGAGUAAGUUGUCAUGGUUGUUAAAUGUCUCAAAAAAAUGUUGAUAGACAUCACUUAAUCUUCUUCAUCAUAAUGUAAACUCAUAUUAUACCACAACUGAAUCCUUUCUGCCUUGAUCUUUUUCUUCUAACCUCCCAGUUUCACCUUUUGAAGUCCCCUUUGUCUCACCUUCUACUUCAUAGUUCUUUCAAGUUGCCCUGUGUUUUUAUUGCCCUUGCUCUCUGUUCUCUGCUUGAAGAUAUGUCUAAGUUUUGAAUGAUAUUUUUUUGAGGAAUCCUUGCUUUAUAACUUUGAUGCUUGAGCAACACAACAGUUCAAUGUCAGUAGCAUGGUAUUUUGAUGCAAACAAUAGUGUUGCAAUCAGUGGCUAUGAAUGUAUGAAAAAAAUUCAAGCCUGUGCUGGAUUCAAACCCAUGACCUUUGCGAUACCAAUGCAGUGUUCUACCAUUACUGAGCUAACAAACCAACUGGGAGCUGGUCAUUAUGUUGGUUCAUAAUAAAACCAUGAAGAGAUUAAUCAAUUUUUUUUUUUUUGGAAUUUUUUUAAUUGUGACUUAUUUAUGUAUAUAUUCACUCAAACUAGCACCCGUGUACUAAACAAUAAGCAAGUUCAAAUAAAGCUUAUUACUACUACAAUGACCAUGAAGAUAGUUGGUUGCAAGUUAGCACUUUCUUUUUAUCAAAUAUGGUUAUGAAGACUGAAAAUGACACUUUAUUAGACUAAGUUGUUUUGGUACAAGAUAUCCCUCAUGAAAUUCAACUCAUUAUAUUUGCAACUUUUGGUCUUUUCUAUUGAUGCAAAAUUGAAAGACCCUAAACAAUUAGUAACCAUAUAUACAGUACUGUAAGUAAGAUAAUGUGAAAAGGUUCAUUAUUUGUUCAUUGUUUUAUAGUUCCUAUUGACUCAACUAAAGGAAUAAAGAUGUUAUACGUAUUUGUGGACAUAAAGCUGGAUGCCACACAUUUUGUCAACACAGUCAGACACAAUUUUGAAGCUGGAAAGUCACUUGCACUUUUGAGCACAAUCCAGUUUGUGACAACACUUCAAGUAUGUAUUAAAUGAUUACACUGAUGGGACAGUAUUGGGAUCAUGUUUAUUGUUGGUACUCUUGACUGAUAUAGCGGUCAAUAUAUUGGUCGAGAGUUGGUCAAUACUUAACCAAUAUAUUGAUUGACAGUCGGUUGACUGCUUCUUCUGGAUGGGAGGAGCAUCUCACAUGGUUCACUAUCAGGCAUUUUGUCAAGUUUCCAUGACAACCCACUGGUACCCAUUUCUCUCCAAGCUAGAGAGAGGGGAGAGAGAAUGCAACACAGUGACUUGGCUGAGACUUAAACCCUGUGGUUUGGACCCAGUGUCUCCUUUUAUUGUGUUCAUACUUUCAAAUAAUUUUGACAUAUAUGUAUUUAAUUUGUUGUUUACCCAGGCUGUAUAUCAAGACCUGUGUAAAGAUUAUCAGGUAGAGAUUCCGCAGUGUAAACCAUUGUCACCUGGAGAGAUUCUGGGCUGCACUGCUCCCAGAAUAAAAGACAAGGAUGCAUUCAUGUAAGAAAAUUAUUAAGCAAAACAAGGAAAUAAUCAUGUAAUUUAGUUCAUUGUGAAUUUAAGAAAACUGCACCAACUCUUUCAUAGUGAGUAUUCUUAAACAAAUUGAACAUUCUUUUGAAAAUCUUUCUUAUUAUUUGUAUUCAUUGGUAAAUCUAGUUGUUAGUACUGUAGUGGUUUAGUUUCAUGAAAAAUUUGCACCAUUAGAUCUGAAGCUAUUUGCUUAUAAAUAAAACAAUGAUCUGAGCCAAGGAUCACUGUUACUUUUAGGAUGAAAAUAAGGCAGUUUGUUCGUGUUUUCACCAUGUCCGUUGUUUUGUCAGGAAAACUCCCAUCGAGCCUCUGUCUUAUUUCUGGAAGAAUUGUUUGGCAUUCUUCCUGCUGUGUCCAUGGCAUAUUUAUUGUUUAGCGAUGUUGCCUAGCGACAACGGUGCCCACUUUGACUAAAAUAAUCAUGUUUGUUCUGAAGACUAACUUAAAAUCAUUUAACCCUUUCAUUCCCAAGAUCUCAUUAGUAAUUCUCCUUGCUGUCUACCAUGCAAUUCUUUUGAUGUUAGUGUGGAGAAUUAAGUAUAAUUUAGUAUCCAUUUAAAACCGUUUUUCUAAACCGUUUAACGGAAAAGCGUUAGUGUCCGUUUUCCCAUGGAGGGUCACAUUUGAUACUGGAUGAACUUCAACUACCCUAAUUGAUAUUUUCCUUUAGUUCAUCACUUGUCUGCUUGAUAUUGUAUUGAUAUUGUAAGGAGAAAUUCUAUCUUGGUCACUCAUAGGAGUGAAAGGGUUAAUCAUUUAAUUGGGUGGAAAUUGAGUAAAAGAGUUAUCAAAAACUAAAUUGGGAAACAAAGUGGGUGUUAUGUUUUUGAUUAAUGUGUUAUUAUUGCAAUUAUUCCUAAUUAAAUGUUUGUUUUGUCACUGUAUUUACCAUUUUGAUUGUAAGAAGCGGCUAUCAUUUAGGCACAUGCUACCGACCACAGCAGGUACUUGUUUCAAUUUUUUCUCACUGGAAUGAUCUUUAGUUACUUAGGUGAUGGAAGGUUUCAUUUAGAGGCUGUCAUGAUUGCUAACCCUUCUACACCAGCAUACAGGUACACAUAGAGAACUUCAAGAGGCAGAUUUUUUUACGUGUAACAAAUAGCCUUGCCUUGCCUAACAUGUAGCUUCAUAUUAUUUCAAUUGGUUGCAGUGCUCAACAGCUAGAGAGGCAGCACAGAUUGAGCCAUCAUUAAAGCCUGAUUUUUCAGACCUCUUUCGUGUAAUUCUGUGAAUAAAAAUUCAUCACUUUUUCGAUUACAAAAUUGUUUGCCUCUAGUAAAGGCAUACUGUCUGUGUGGACAGAGUGCGAUUCCCGUCUGUUCCAGUAUUUUCCCUAUGCCCUCACUAAAACAGACCCCCUACCGCCUUGUACGCUUUGGAUUGUUAGAUAUUGUAUACCUUUCUGGGCCUUUGAGACAAACAACUUUUAACUAAAAUUCUACUGCAAUUUCGCUUUCAUCGCAGAUACGAUCCCUAUAGCAAAGUGUUUUCCAGGGAAUAUUACGAUAUUGAUGCCAUGUUUCAAGCGAGGAAAGACGCCAUAACUACAGCGUCAAGAGCUAAGAAAUUUGGACUCAUUCUAAGUACAUUGGGAAGGCAAGGAAGUCCAAAGGUGCUAGAGGUAUUGCAUACAGUUAAAAUGUGAAAAUUUUAUAAGUAAAUAUAGUUUUGAACGGAGUUCUACUUAAACCUUCAGUUGUGCGUUGAAAGUAAUCGGCAAUCAGUUCGCCAUGUCAUGGGUUGACUGACGUGAACAAUCCAAGCUACCCUCUCAACCAAUCAGGUGCAAGGCAAAUAUCAAUCGUGACUCGGUCAAUAAUGUUGCUCUCACUGUACCUUUUAAUUUUAGUUCCCAUCGGGUUUUGAUUAUAUUUUCGUAGUGAUUGUAGUGAUUGGACAUCUGCUGGUGACUACUAUGUUUUUGGUAUUACGGCGCACUAUCGAAAUGCACUCUAAGACAUGACUCAAACUCUCUCUGGACAAAAUCAAGUCAUUCUCGCAUCUAAAUAUAAUUUUUUCUGAUGCAAUUAACUUUGGGGGAGGCUGCAAAUUUAAAUUUAAAUUCUCCAGUUUUCUUACGAUGUAAUGUGUGGAAUAUUUUCGUCUAUGCAGAGGGAUCUCUAUUUUUUGGGCAUCCUUAUUUAAACGUUUUCUCCAUUUGAGGGACACAAACUUUGAUUAAAACCCUUGUAUUCGAUGCCGUCAUUGAGGGGAUAUCCCUAGUUCAGGGAUAUUUUGCUCGUGACGGCUAUUAUUCAUGUUAUCAUCUUUUCCAAAGAGCUCAUAAAGCAGAUUUCAUGAAUCCUUUCGUCUUCUAAUUUUAUCUGCAGAAGUUAGAAGAACGAUUCAGCAAGGCGGGCUUGGAAUAUGUAAUUGUACUCAUGUCUGAAAUAUUUCCGGGUAAACUUGGAUUGUUCGAGGACGUGGAAGCGUAAGUUGCUUUUCUUGUCAAGAUGUGAAAACUGCUUUCCGUCGAUAAGAUAAGACAAGAACCGUCUUCACGUAAAUUCUGUUUUGUCAAGUGUCCUUAACAAAAAUCUCAUAUUAAUGAGUCUUUUUCCAAUGUGCCGCCCCCCCCCCCCUCCAAAAAAAAGAGAUAGGCUCCAUAUAAUUAUUAUGAAAGCUAUUGAAAGGUAGUGCUUCUUCAAUUUUUGAAAUGUAAAAGUUUGGUUGAGGAAUGAGCCAUCUUCCUUCUUCCGUCGAUGACGAUAUAAAAUUUCACUGUAUGGGAAACUUUCCCAGCAUGCUACUAAAAUUCGUUAAAUUGUCAAUUUCAUACUGUGGUCCGUCUUGCCUGUGAGUGUGACUCCAACCCAUCUGCGCAGGCUUCGUACGAGUCCUGGAAAACCUGGAAAGUCCUGGAAUUUUAUUUGACUUUUUCCAGGAUGGAAAAUCGUGGAAAAAAGACUACAGGUUCUGGAAAGUCCCAGAAAUCUGUCAAAAUCAAGCAAUAAAGUUUUCAGAAUUAACGUUAUAAGAAUUCUAUGUCGACUGUAAGGAGAAUUGAUGUUGAAAUCUUGGCUAUGAAAGGGUAGGAGAGGAAAUUUGGAGACUUGGAGAAAUCAGCCUGAGUCCUGGAAAAGUCUAGAAAUAGUCCUUGAAAUUUUUUCCUGAAAAAGGGUUCGAACCCCGUCUGCAAUUAAAACGUAGCUUAGCUUCCAAGGGAUUUACUGAUAUUUAUUUGUCACUUUGUAGAUGGGUGCAAGUGGCUUGUCCACGAUUGUCCAUUGACUGGGGCUACGCUUUUCCUAAACCUCUACUGUCGCCUUAUGAGGUAAAAUAAUUGAAUUUCAUUACUUUUAAAUCCAGUUGAGCAUGUUAGCAAAUAUCUUGAAUGGUAAGGUCCAUGUCAUCUGCGGGAGACAAAUGUUUAGAUGCAUUACACAAAUGUUCAGAUGCAUAACACAAACCGGGAACUUAACGGUUCUCGUUUUUAUACAGAAACUGAAUCAAAUAGUUUCAAUUUCGAGACUAACAACAAAAUGCAAGUAAGCGCAGGUAGAGACAUUUUCCACCGGGUGUCGAAAAGCGAUAUGGAAUAGCUUUGUUUUUACUUUCCUUCACCCUGUGAUUGGUCCAAAAAACUCGCGCCACCAUCUCAACCAAUCAGAUGCAAAAAUAAAACCCAAUCACGACUUGGUGACUCGCGUUUUCCCGCGCUUCAGGGACGUUGCCUGUUUUUACUUUGAGUUCUCAUUGGUUAAUGAUGAUGUUAACCUUUGUUCUGAUUGGUAGUUGUGAUUAGUUUGGUUUUGACUUUUGGACACUCACUAAAAAAAACCUGCUCUAAUGCGAGUCCCUAAGUGUAGAUUCGUUUUAGUUUUUUUCCGAUUGGAUGAGAGAGUGACGUAAGUAUCUAGACCCAUCAUAGAACGAAAAACAGCAAAAGCAGUGGUAUGGAGGUUUGCUUUGCUUUUUCAGUCAGUUGAAAAAUGUUCUCAUUGGAAUUUUUUUCGUCUAAUUUUACAGGCGUCAGUUGUGCUUGAACAAAUCAAAUGGCAAGAAAAUUACCCAAUGGAUUUUUACGCAAACGCUAGUUUGGGACCCUGGACUGUGAAUAAUGAGCGGAACAGACAAAUACCGGUUAGCAGAAGAAAAAAGAAUUUACACACAGAAAAGCUAUCUGCGGAAAAUGUUCCAUCAAACGUAGAAGUCAAAGAAGGAUGUGAUGGACAAACUAAGGAGUGUUGUGGGAAAUGCCAUCAAGAGAAGCUUCUUAAGUUACAAGAUGAUCUGAAAACUAGUCUACAGUAAUACAGAGUGCUUCGAGCGAAAACAAUCGCCUUGGAACAAAAGAAAUAUGGGAAACAGAAGGCUCCUACCUUAUCUUUCACUUGAAUGGAACAGAGAGAUUUGCGAUCGAUCGUCGCCAAACCAAAAUCACGUCGGCCAAUCUAAAAUGGAAAAUAUCACGAGAAGUAAAUGAGCAGUGAAAACGGGUUAAGCGCGGGAAAACAAGAAUGUUUAAACUAUGAUUAGUUAUAACAAUCAACGAGCGAAUUGAAGCACAACCAGGAACGCCAAGUAAAUGUCAACAGCCUGUUUAACAUUAAUGUGACUGAGUUCACAAGCAGGCGAAUCGCAAAUAAAAUCAAUCAAAUUGAUAUCUUACGAACGUAAUGUUAGGAGAACAGCAAACUCAGUCAAAUCAAGAAUUUGAAAAAGUUUAGGUUCUUAAAAGGACUAUACAUUGUACACAACUUACACACUUUUGUGUUCUGUCAAAUCAAUCAAUCAAUCACCCCGAGACACAAAAUAAAACUGGCCACACGAUCAAAAAACAUCUAUCUUAAUUUAAGGGGGAGUUGUAAUGCGCGUG